AUGGAAAAUCAAAUCACAAUGACUGAGUUUAUUCUUAUGGAACUCGCCAGUGACCCACAGCUCCAGAUUUUCCUCUUCCUGGUGUUUUUGGUUAUUUACCUAAUCACCCUUCUGGGAAACAUGCUGAUCAUGCUGGUGAUAAGGGCUGACCCUCACCUACACACCCCCAUGUGUUUUUUCUUGAGUAACUUGUCCUUUGUAGAUAUCUGCUAUUCCUCCAUUACCGUUCCGAAGAUGCUGGUGAACUUCCUAGCAGAGCAGAAAACUAUUUCUAUUGACAGCUGCCUCAUCCAGAUGUUCUUCUUUCUGGCAUCAGGAACGACAGAGAUCUUCAUGCUCUCAGCCAUGGCUUAUGAUCGCUAUGAAGCAAUAUGCCACCCCUUGAACUACAUACAGAACAUGAGCAAAUGGGUCUGUAUCCAGCUUGCCAGAGGGGCAUGGGCAAUUAAAUUUACUCUUGCACUGGUAAAUACCCUUGUCCUAAGAGUGCACUUCUGUAAAUUCAACAAAAUCAACCAUUUUUGUUGUGAAAUCCCUCCUGUUCUGCAUAUCUCAUGCAGUGACACCUUGGCCAAUGAGGCCAUAUCCAGCGUUAUUGUAGGACUGGGUUCAUCAUCAGUUAUCAUUGUCUCUUAUAGUCUCAUCAUCUCCACCAUCCUCAGAAUCCGCUCCACCGAGCGGUGGCACAAAGCCUUUUCCACCUGCGGAUCCCACCUGACUGUGGUUCUAUUAUUCUGCGUAAAAGCAUUUUUUAAGUAUCUGAGACCUGCUUCAGGAUCCUCCUUCGAAAAAAUAGUUACUGUACAGUACAGCAUCUUAACCCCUAUGCUAAACCCCAUCAUUUACAUCCUGAAAAACAGAGGUAAAGACCGCCCUGUGCAAAGUCUUAGGGAAAGGCCUAUGUUUUCCAAGCACAAUGGGGCCAAAAUAAUUGUUUAA